GAGAGGCGCGCGGGCUGCUCCCACCCUAUUUAAACCGAGGCGAUGAGACCGGGCGGAGGGAGGGAGGCGCGCCAAGACCGCUCCGCGAGCAGCCAGGCAGGGGACGGGGGAGGAGGAAGAAGAUGCUGCAACGGAGACGCAUCCCUGCACGGUCGUAGUUGAUUUGCAAACCCCCCCCCCCCCCCCGCCGCCGCCCUUAAAACACAGACCUAUCCGUUCCAUGUCUUAGCAGGCAUCAAGAAGCGGAGGGGGGAAAAAAGGGGGGGAGACGCUCCUUCGCACUGGACCCCUACAACUUUGCAUGCUUUCCUACAACUUUGCAUGCUUUCCUUCUCCGCGCCCCCUCUGGUUUUUGCAAGCCGUUUCCGUGCAAGGCGCGCUUCGCCGUCCCCUCGCGUCGCCUUGCAAGCAUGCCGCCCUGCUUCUUGCUCGGCUGCUUCACUUGCAGCCUCGUGGCCGGGCUGCUCCUUGCAAAGAGUAGCAGUAGCAGUAGCAGUGGCGGCGCGGAGGAAGAGGCGGCGGACGAGGAGCGGUCGCUGCGGGUGCUGGUGCUGCUGCCCAAGGACGACUCGUACCUGUUCUCGCUGUCGCGGGUGCGGCCGGCCGUCGAGUACGCGGUGCGGAGCGUGGAGGCCAACGGGACGCUGCUGCCGGCCGGCUACCGGCUGCGGCUCUUCUUCGAGGACUCGGCCUGCGGCAACGGGGCGCUCUUCGGCCUGGUGGACCUGGUGGCCGUGCGGCGCCUGUGGCCCGACGUGCUGCUGGGCCCCGUGUGCGAGUACGCGGCCGCCCCCGUGGCCCGGCUGGCCUCGCACUGGGACCUGCCCAUGCUCUCGGCCGGCACGCUGGCCGCCGCCUUCGACGCCAAGGCCGGCGAGUACUCGCACCUGACCCGCGUCACGCCGCCCUACUCCAAGCUGGGCGAGCUCUUCCUGGCCCUCUGCCGCCACCGCCGCUGGGCGCGGGUCGCGCUCGUCUACCAGGACGACAAGGAACAGCGCGACUGCUUCUUCGCCGUCGAGGGCGUCCACGCCGUCCUCCGCGACGCCGCCGUCCACACCGACGACUUUGCCUUCGACCAGGGCGCCAAGGACGCCGAAGAGGUGGUGCGCGCCGUCCAGGGCAACGAGAGAGUUGUGAUCAUGUGUGCCAGCAGUGACUCAAUAAGAAACAUCAUGCUGGCCGCCCAUAGGCAAGGAAUGACCAACGGAGACUAUGCCUUCUUCAACAUUGAACUCUUCAACAGUUCGUCGUAUGGAAACGGCUCAUGGAAGAGGGGAGACAAAUACGACCUUGAGGCAAAGCAAGCAUACUCAUCCCUCCAGACAGUCACGCUACUGAGGACAGUGAAACCCGAGUUUGAGACGUUUGCCAUGGAGGUGAAAAGGUCUGCUCAGAAACAAGGAAUCAAUGAUGAUGAUUACGUCAACAUGUUUGUGGAAGGAUUCCAUGAUGCUAUUAUACUCUAUGUUCUGGCUUUACGAGACGUUCUGAAGAACGGGUUCACUAAAAAAGAUGGAGAGAAGAUUGUCCAUGAGACGUGGAACAGAACAUAUGAAGGCAUUGCAGGGCCAGUAUCCAUAGAUGCCAACGGAGACAGAUAUGGGGAUUUCUCUGUGAUUGCAAUGACUGAUCCAGAAACUGGGACACAGCAGGUUAUUGCGAACUAUUAUGGAAAGCAGGGUCAGCUUGAAAUGCUUCCAAACGUAAAUUAUUUCUGGGAAUCAAAACUGAGAAUAGAGGAUAACCGAGGUACAGAGCAUCCGAGCAACACACCCUGCAAAUCAUCAGGUGGCCUAGGAGAGUCAGCAGUUACAGGGAUCGUCGUGGGCGCCUUGCUAGGAGCUGGAUUGUUGGCAGCCUUCUACUUUUUCAGGAAAAAGUACAAAAUAACUAUUGAGAGGCGAAAUCAAUUGGAAGAGUACAACAUCGGCAAGCACCAACAGUUACGAGAAGACUCCAUCAGAUCUCACUUUUCUACGGCCUGAACUGGAGAGAAAGAAAUUGUGGGGGGGAAAUCUGUAGAAAAUGGGAUCCUACCAAAGAAGGCAACAGAAAAGAAGCAGCUCAUUAAGGACAGCGUUUUAAAAGUAGAGUAAUUUUUGUCUUAAUUUCUUUCAGAAACUCAGGAAUGAUUUACUAGCCACAUUAUGCCACAUGGCCUUUUUUUCUCUUGUGGGAAGAAUAAUUGCAAAAACAGAGUGCUGUUUGUUUUUCCCUCUGCGCGAGAUGUUCCGUAACACUUUGUGUGUAUUCUGAGUCAGGUGGCUUUGGUGAGCUAUUUGCUUCUUAGAGAUGUGAAUGGGUCUUCCUGGUGCUUUCUUGUGACCUUCAGAUGGGCCUUCAUCUCACACCAGAGUAGUUGUAAAAGAAGGACCUCAGAGACAUAAUUACUGCUUUUGUAGCAGGAGCAGAAAUACGUUGAGUUUAUGGGGGGCAGCAAAGGAAAGGAGGAAAUGUAUCGGUAGCCCAGUACAAUAUAAUUUCUGGAAAGAGGACUGACGCCCAUUUGUUCAUGGAACUGGAGAAAAGCGCUGAGAAAAGACAGUCUGAUUCUAAGAGCCUUUUCAAACAACAGAUUUUUUUCCUCUAUCAAAUGAGGAGAUUGUUCCCAUAGUAAUCUGUUGAUCAUUGCUUCGAGGAAAGGAUUUUCAUGAAGUUUUUGUUCUGGUAGUGUACGGCAACUGUACAGCAUUGUUUCUGGAGAAGAAGAAAAAGGGUUGAAUAAGAAGAAGAGUUGGUUUUUAUACCCUGCUUUUCUCUACCUUUAAGGAGUCUCAGAGCAGCUUACAAUCCACCUUCCCUUCCUCUCCCCACAACAGACA